AUGUUCCGUUACAAGAUUGGAUACGGAAUUAAACCUAAUCGGCUGAGCAGGGAUUCUUUGCACUAUAUAAACCAAAGCGCCCGACCCUUUAAACUCUGGCGAGAGCUGGGUGGUGCGGCUGACCAAGAGGCAUCUAUAUCCAAAGAGAAGUCAGGUAAGCAACUGCUUUUCACUUCUCCUCUAGUGUACCUUGACUCCAAAGCCAGGCGGUUGCUGACUCCAAAUCUCUUCCCUCCUAGUCGCGUGCAUAGUCUAGCGACCGUGGUAGCAAGAGUAGGUGCUGAUUCUGGCUGCAGGGGCGGUACCGGGAGAGAUUGUGAAACGACUGUGGGAUCGGCAAUUGGAAUUCUUACUCGAAGAUCCUCGACUCCCAGCAGCCGACGAACAGGUAAACCCAGACUCUCUUGCGGGCUGAUUGCUGGGAUAAGUCCCCAAUCUAGAUUGAGUUUUGUGAAGGGUUUGCCGGUGGUGGUGCCCCCACUGGUGGCUACUGGUUUUGAGAAUAAGCAGUGGUUCCGGUGA